AUGUCGUACCCAGCAAUGGACACAAAUCGGGAAGCUCCAUUACCCAAACAAAAUGUUUUCCGAUAUAGAUCCAAUUCCUCUAAGAGGGAUAGUGUGGCUAGCGAGGUUUCAGGAGAGUCGCCGUUUGGUGCUCAGAGAUCAACACUGCAGCUGGAAGAAGAAAGUAUGUUUGAGUUAGAUCCCUUGUUAGACUCUCAAUUGACUCAUUACAAGAUUCCUCAAGUUAUGGUAAACGAUGGUCUUCCAUUCACCAAGGUUUCCCAUAAGAGCAGGAAACAGAUUUGGCUUCGGGUUGAUGCAUCUGAUUUUCGAUUUCUGUACUUAAAGUCUGAAAAUACUUCAUUGGCUUCCAUAAACUCAAACGGGAAUGCUGGUAGGGGUGGCAAGAUCAAAAGUUUUGGGGUGGAAGAUAUCAAAGCAAUUGCAUCCGAUAGAUCGGCUUCCAACUUUAGAGAAGAACUUUGCAUCUCCAAGGAAGCAGCUGAAAGAUGGUUAACUAUAAUCUAUUACGAUCACUCCAAACAGAUACUUAAAACACUACAUCUAAUAGCCAAUUCACCUCAUGAUCUACGAAAGCUAUUGUCAGUUAUAGAAAGCUUGAUAACGUUGCGUUCAGUGUUGGCGAAGAAAUUCUUUAUUGACUUGAAGGACGUUAACACAGAAGUCUUGGUGGAAGAUAGCCGAGAAAAGCGGAAAUUUCUUACUUUUAAUGAUGUUAUCAAGUACUCCAAAAGACUUAAUAUUAGUAUAUCGAUCAAUUACUUGAAGCAAUUGUUCGAUUCGGUUGCCAAUGUGAAGGAAGAUUCCAAUGAUGUCCCCGGUAUAGACUUUGAAGAGUUCAAAACGUUUGUACAGAUGUUAGUUAAAAGAGAAGCUGUCGAAGACUUACAUAAUACUCACACAUCGUCAUCUCAAGGGUUUAAUUUUGACUCCUUCAAAGCAUUUAUUACUCAAGAGCAGAAAGAAGUCUUUUCAGAGAGAAAACUUGAAUCAAUAUUCCGAAACUUUGCAUUUGCUGAGGAGUUUGAUACCAAUUUGAGUUCAAUAAAUUGGACUCCUGAGUCUCUUAAUAACUUUCUUUUAUCCAAAUAUUCCUCCCCCUUCAAAGGCUUUCAUGAAACACAAAAGUAUUUUGACCACCCCUUGCAUCACUACUUUAUCUCCUCACUGCACAAUACAUACCUUAUGGGAAGGCAGGUUGCUGGCGACUCUUCUAUUGAAGGUUAUGUUAGAACCCUUCAACGUGGUUGUAGAUGUGUUGAGAUUGAUGUUUGGGACGGGGAAUAUUUGACCAAUGAUGGAGAAAAGGAAGAAGGACCUGUUGUUAGUCAUGGUAGGACACUCACCACUACAAUAUCAUUUAUUAAUGUCAUCAAGACCAUCAAAAGAUAUGCGUUCGUUACUUCUCCUUAUCCUGUCAUAUUGAGUCUAGAACUACAUUGUUCCUCGCUGAAUCAAUUGAAAAUGGUGGAAAUUCUUCAGAACGUACUAGGAGAUGCCCUUGUUUCUAAAUGCCUUGACACGUAUCCAGAGUUACCUUCACCUGCUAGCUUAAAAUACAAGGUUUUGGUCAAAGUGAAAAAGCUUAAUAGUAUUCUGGAGAUUCAAUUUGGUGAUAGCGGUGGAAGCUCAACUACUUCAACAUCUUUCAGUGAAGAUAGUAACAGUAAUAGCUCGGGGUUGAAUAGAAAGUUCUCGUUGAAGCGGAAGAAAGCAGCAACUGUGAUAGCAGAAUUAAGUAACUUGGGGUGCUAUUUACAGGGUACUAAAUUUCGAAACUUUUCUCUCCCUGAAUCAAAGACUUUCAAUCAUAUCUUCUCAUUUGGCGAGAAAGCUAUUAACAAAAUGUUGAAAGAUCCAGAGAAAUUAGCCUCUCUUGAUAAACAUAACCGUAAGUUUAUGUCGAGAGUGUAUCCAUCUGGUUUGAGAUUUAGUUCAUCUAACUUUAUCCCUCUUAUUUACUGGAAUCAUGGCUGCCAGAUGGUUGCUACAAACUGGCAAACAUAUGACUUGGGACAGCAGAUUAACGAAUCUAUGUUUGACGCUUACGAUAGAAUGGGGUAUGUAUUGAAGCCUAAUGAAUUAUUAAAGCCUGUGAUGAAGAAGACACUCAGAAGAACGUCGUCACAUCGCAAGACAAAGUUUUCAAUUAAUAUCAUCAGUGCUCAUCAAUUACCUAAAUUAUCAACUAAUGAGAAGUCAACAUUAGAUAGUAAUUGUCAAAAUGAACAUCAACCCGGUCACUACGAAUGUGGUUCAAUUGCAAGUCCUUCGGUCCAACUUGAGUUCUACGGCACAGACAAGUUAGAAUGGGACAAGGAUAGCAAUUCCCAAAGUCGAACUGCAACUAUUCAACAAAAUGGGUUUAACCCGGUCUGGAAUGAGGAGUUUAAAGGCACCUUUACAGCUUCACACAGUUUUGUAUUCAUUCGAUUCAUGAUCAACUCUCUAUCUCCCAAUAAAUCAGAUGAAUAUCAGACAAUUGGGUUAUUUGUUCUGAAGUUUGAUUCAUUGAAACAAGGCUAUCGGUAUUUACCUAUCUACGACUUAUCUGGCGAAGAGUUUCUCUACUCCUCACUCUUUGUCAAAAUUAAGUAUGAGGAUAUUGAAGGUAAGAUGGGGUUUCAUGGGUUACAUCGGUGA